GCGGCUGCAAUACCGGGUCCUGGCUGUUGCGGACCUGGGUACGCUGGAGGAGGCCAUUGCAUCUGCCGAGGCAGUUAUUCUUGUGUGGGAUGUGCAUCAUCCCCAGCCGUUCUAUGCCAUCAAAGACGUCAUCAAAGGCCCUGACGACCCCGAGACGGAGGAAGCAGAUGAAGGAACAGACCGUGUCCAACUCUGCCUUGCCGUCGACAACGGCGACGGCUCGGAAGCUGUGGCCAAUGAUCAAGAAGAGGUCUGGUCUUGGUGCCUGGAGCAUGGAUACGAGCUGUUGCAGUGUUCUCUACGCUCGGACGACCUCCAAGCUCUCCGAUAUCGAGUGGAAGGAGCUCGCCAGGGCAGGCCACUGGGCUUGCUGUCGGACGAGAGCGAUGGCACCGUGAUCAGGGUACUCGAGGCCCUGGAGUGCCAUGCGUCCUGGACGGGUCUGGAGCCAAAGGCCCGUUCAACUCAGCGGACAGUCGACGAGCAAUCCAGGCCCGCUGUAGUCGAGCAAGCAGCUGGACUCGACGCGAUCGACGAUUCCGCAGAUCCCGCCGGAAGGGCUGAUGCCGAAGCCGGUAAGAACGGAUACCAGGCUCUUGAAGCCCAAGACGACGAGUUUGAGGCUGCAGAGGAGUUUGAGAAGUUGGCUGGCGAGAUGAAGGACAUCCGAAGCAUGGCGGAUCAUGCCGCUCGCAAAGAGCGCGCAUGCGAAGUCGCCCUUCGCCUUGCCUCCACUUUGGGCAUCGAUUCGGACUCCGACUGA